CCUGGAAUUGUGUCUCCUUUCAAACGAGUCUUCCUGAAGGGGGAGAAAGGCCGGGAUAAGAAGGCCCAGGAGAAGGUGACGGAGCGGCGGCCCCUGCACACGGUGCUGGUGUCCCUGCCCGACCGCGUCGAGCCCGACGUGCUGCUCAACGACUACAUUGAGAAGGAAGUGAAGUACCUGGGGCAGCUCACCUCCAUCCCUGGGUACCUGAAUCCCUCCAGCCGCACGGAGAUCCUGCACCUGAUCGACAAUGCCAAGAGGGCACACCAGCUCCCGGGGCUGCUGACCCAAGAACAUGAUGCUGUUAUCAGCCUUUCUGCCUACAACAUCAAGCUGGUGUGGAGGGAUGGAGAAGACCUCAUCCUCAGGGUGCCCAUCCACGACAUCGCCUCCGUCUCCUACAUCCGAGACGACUCCUCCCACCUGGUCGUGCUGAAGACAGCUCAGGAUCCUGGGAUCUCCCCAAGCCAGAGUCUCUGUGCUGAGGGCUCCAAGGCGCUGACGUCGGGCUCGCUGUCCGAGAGCGGGGUGGUCCCUGUGGAAGCCUGUUGCCUGGUCAUCCUGGCCACGGAGAACAAAGUGACCGCCGAGGAGCUCUGCUCCCUGCUCAGCCAAGUCUUCCAGAUCGUUUACACCGAGUCCACCAUCGACUUCCUGGACAGAGCAAUAUUUGAUGGGGCCUCCACACCCACGAGGCACAUGUCCCUGCACAGUGAUGACUCUUCUACAAAGGUGGAGGUGAAGGAACCCUACGAGGCAGAAACCAACACUUUUUCCUUUCCAGAAACCCUGGAGGCAGGUGACAACUCCCCCUCUUCCUUCUCCACACCCCAGUCCCCCCACGUGAAGACGGUCAGCGAGAGCGAGCUGAGCACCACGGCCACCGAGCUGCUCCAGGACUACAUGAUGACGCUCCGAACGAAGCUCUCUUCCCAAGAGAUCCAGCAGUUUGCCAUGCUCCUGCACGAGUACCGCAACGGCGCCUCCAUCCACGAGUUCUGCAUCAACCUGAAGCAGCUCUACGGGGACAGCAGGAAGUUCCUGCUCCUGGGCCUCCGACCCUUCAUCCCGGAGAAGGACAGCCAACACUUUGAGAACUUCCUGGAGACCAUCGGGGUGAAGGACG